AAAAAAUCUUAGAGACUCACGCCGCUUGGAAGAAUUCCAAACAUUUCAAGAGAUCUCUAAGAUUUGGCAAUCCAAACACCAUUAAAACCUAAACAACACAAAAUAGUUUUUUUUACCAAUCUGUAAAACUGUCUCGAUCAGAAACAUUUAAAAUUUACUCAAACACCAUCAAAUCCCAAUUAUUUUCUUUCAACAUCAUAAACUGCGGUUCCAGACAUAUCCUCCGACUAAAAUCUACCGAUAUAAAUGUUUGAAAGGAAGUAAAGUUGAACUCUCGUGCUCAAAGAUCUGCACAGGCCAAAGCAUACAAACUAUUUGGAGCGUUAAAACAACAAUAGUAGCAAAAACAGGGGAGAGAAAUGGGUGAUUGGUCAAAGCUACCAGAGGAGCUUCUUGGUUUAAUUGCUCUCAGACUUUACUCCGUCAUCGAACUCAUCCGUUUCCGGAGCAUAUGCAAGUCAUGGCGCUCCUCUGCUUCCGGCGUCAACAAGAACCAUUCCCUGAGCUCCCCUCUCAUCUACUUCAAGCCGCUCCAAAUCAUUCUCGCUCGCGCACAAGCAAACGGACAAAUUUUGAGCAAGUAUCAUGGCACGGUCCUCUCACGUGCCACAUUCUUUCGCGUCACACUCGCCUCCUCUCCGGACCAAGGGUGGUUGAUCAAAUCAGACACCGAUCUCAAAUACCGGAAUUUCCAUCUCCUAAACUGCCUCUCUCGCAAAGCACUAGGACGUUCUCGCAAGCUCAUUUCUCUGUCGGAGUUCAUAGUCUCCGAGAUUCAAGAAUCUUAUGCGGUUGUAGGCCGCCGCACAAGAGAAACAGCUAGCGAAUUCAAAAGAGUGUUUCUUGUCAGAGUCCAAGGAGGAGAUCAUCGUGUUCUAGUGAUCGGCAUCGACGGGAAAAUCAGGUUCUGGAAAGGAGGAAUAUGGAACGGAAUCAAGAAACAAGUAGCUCAAUUCUCUGACUUUGUACUUGACGAAGGUCUUACUUACGCUGUGGAUACAAAAGGCAUUAUGUGGUGGAUUAGUUCCGCUUACGACAUCAUCAGGUACGGAACUAAACUACAUGAAAACAUCACUAACGGUUCUUGCGGAGAAAAAAGGUUUGUAAGAUGUCGUGGAGAACUUUACAUUGUAGAUCGUCUCAUUGACGAGAAUCUCCUAAAGAGAAAAGCUGAUUCCUAUGAUGAUAAUGCCAUUGUUCAUUUCCGGAAUGCUGAUUAUACCAAUGCUGAUCUCUGGGAAGAUGGUAAUGGCAAUGAUGAUUUCUUCGCUGCUCAGGCUCAUCGCUUUAUCCAUGUGCUACACGACAAUCUUGGGAAUGUAAGUUGUAAACCAUUUGAACGUGACCCUCCCAAAACGAUAGGUUUCAAGGUUUACAAGAAUGAUGAAGAACUGUUAAAAUGGGUAGAAGUCAAGUCCUUGGGAGAUAAGGCGAUUGUGAUAGCUACCGAUGCCUGUUUCUCGGUUUCGGCUCAUGAGUUCUACGGAUGCCUGCCAAAUUCUAUUUACUUCACCGACAAAAAGGAAGAAGAGGUUAAGGUGUUCAAGCUAGAUGAUGGUAGUAUCACAACAAUGUCGGAAUCUGAGCAGAGUUGUUUCCAAAUGUUUGUCCCUAGCUUUCUCUAA